GUAGUGUAUUUGGUUGAUCUGAUGGGAAGGAGGAACGAGGAGCUGAGCGAAGGCAUCGACAACGGCAUUUCGGAAAAUAACGAUAGCAAAGUAGCCGGCAGACCCGUAGCUCUCCUGUUCUUCCCGCCAUCGUUGGCCGAUCAAAAGCUUCCGGAAAAUUUUUCGGAAGAUGGAGCCAAGGGCGAGAAGGAGGUCAGGGAUAAGAGGUCCGCGUAUGGUGGAUACGGAGGCAAAGGAGGCGGUGGUGGUGGCGGAUUCGGAGGAGGCGGUGGAUUCGGAGGCGGCGGCGGCGGAGGAUUUGGCAAAGGAGGUGGCGGUGGAUUAGGAGGAGGCGGAGGAUUGGGUGGCGCUGGAGGAGGAUAUCCAGGCGGUGGUGGCGGAGGAUACCCAGGAGGUGGCGGGGAGGACAUCCAAGGAGGAGGUGGCGGAGGAUAUCCAGGUGGCGGGGCGGAUUAGGAGGCGGAGGUGGCGGUGGAUUAGGAGGCGGAGGAGGAUUAGGCGGCGGUGGAGGAGGACACCAAGGAGGAGGCGGCGGUGGAUAUCCAGGAGGUGGUGGCGGAGGAUACCCAGGAGGUGGCGGUGGUGGUGGCCAUCAAGGAGGAGGAGGCGGUGGCGGCGGACCAGGAGGUUGGGGAGGUGGCGGCAAAGGAGGCGGCGGAUCCGGUUCCUGGAGCAAAGCCUCAGCAUCUUCGGGUUCUUUCGGAAAAGGCGGCUACGGACGUUAAUCAAUCACUUUCACACACAGUCUUCAAACGAUCCAAGAUUUUAUAAUUUUGUAAUUACGUAUUAAUUAAUAAAAAAAAUCAGAAUUGAAACUAUGAA